AUGGAGAACCGGCCACCAAAGAACACCUCUGAUCCUCAUCUCAAUCGAGCCUGUGAUGCCUGUCGAUUGCACAAGGUUCGAUGUCUUCCGAACACUUCAACGACAACCUUUCCUAACUCCAAAGCUUGUGAAAGAUGUCUGAAAACAGAUCGCAAUUGCGUUUUCACUGCUCCUGUAAAAAGACGGCAGCGAAAACGUACAGACACUCGAGUCGCCGAGUUGGAGAGGGAGGUUGAGGCGAUGAAGAACCAUUUUGACAAGCGAAAGACUGCUGCCAAACCCCUUACUGCGGAUGAGAAAUUGGCAGCCGAAGCGAGGAAUCUAGGCGUUUCAAUUGCGGCCAGGAAAGAGAGAUCUUAGUACCAAUUAUCGUCGCUACAGACAAUUCAAACAUCACAUUUCCUCCCCACUUCACCGUCUGGCGAAAGAACCUCCCCAACGCCAGGAAAUAUCUCUACCGUAUCUUCGCAGCUAGACGUCAUAGAUAGAGGAAUAUUGACUUGGGAAUCAGCCGAAAAACUCUUUCAUAUUUUCAACACCGAUCUGUAUCAACACUACCCUUGCGUUUAUUUCCCUCCUGGCACUUCGGCAGAAAACAUUCGACGCACGAAGCCAACGCUCUUCUUCGCUGUUAUAGCUGCCGCUUCUGGGAAAACCGAGCCCCAUCUAUAUAGCACACUUAAUAGCGAAGUUGUGGCUUCUUAUGUGCAAAGAACCAUUAUUGAUUGUGAAAAGUCAUAUAUGCCAUGCCACUCCUUAUUCUUCUUUUCCAGCCUCAAUUGUCAAGAAACGAAGGAAUGAUUCGUCAUUUUUUUCAGCUCUCGCCUUUGGAAUUCAUCAUGAAAGCCGGAUGCUAAUCUGUUGUAGUGGAGCUGGCUCAGGCAGAGAUUGUAACUUGUAUUUGGUACUAUCCCCCGGGGAACUGGGUGGCUCUCAAGUUCUACGAGUAUAUUAAUAUGGCUACUACAAUGGCUCUUUCUAUUGGAUUAGGAACGAAUCCAAAUGUUUCAAAGAGACGCUGGGGAUGA